CAGAGGGCGCGUCCAGGCAGGCUGGGGGGCGGCUCCUGGCUGCUUCCCUUCCGGAGCAAAGCGCGCCGUCGGCGGAGAGGCCAUGCCGCUGGACCACAGACGGGUGCCCGGUCCGGAAGAGUCGCAGACGCCGCUGCUGUUCGUGCCCUCGGGAGCCAAGGAAGGCGAGCCGCCGCCCGCAGGGGAUGCGCCCCGCGACCCGACGGCGCUGCAGCCGCUUUUCGCCCGCGUGGGGCUGCUGAGCCAAGCGAAAGGCUCGGCCUACGUGGAACUGGACGGCGGCACCAAAGUGCUGUGCGCCGUGGCUGGGCCGCGCGAAGCCGCAGGGGGCGGCGGGGGGGCACCGAGCCGAGAGCCCCGGGGCCGGCUGGUGUGCGAGUUCCGGCGGGCGCCUUUCUCCGGGCGCGGAGCCCGCGGGCGGCCCAGCGACCGGGAGCCGGAGCUGAGCCUGGCGCUGCAAGAGGCGCUGGAAGCGGCCGUGCGCCUGGCGCGCUACCCGCGGGCGCAGGUGGAGGUGAGCGCGCUGCUCUUGCAGGACGGCGGCUCGGCUUUGGCGGCCGCGCUGUGCGCUGCGGGGCUGGCCCUGGCCGACGCCGGCAUCGAGCUCUACGACCUCGUGGUGUCCUGCGCGCUCUGCAAGGCGCCGUCCUCGGAGGGCGGCCAGUGGCUGCUGCAGCCCGGCGAGCCCGAAGAGCGCGCUGCCGCCGCCCGCCUCACCGUGGCGCUCCUGCCCUCACUGAACCAGGUCUCGGGGCUGCUGGGCAGCGGCGAGGGAGGGCCCCCCGACAGCUGGGCUCAAGCAGUGCGCCUCGGCCUCGACGGCUGUCAGCGCCUCUAUCCGCUGAUGCGCCAAAGCCUCCUGCGCGCCGUGAAGCGCAAAACCGCCCUUACCCAGGAGCCGUCGGAGACAGAAGCGGUGGAGCCUCCGGCUGCUACUGCUUAAAUCGGAUUGUGGUUUGCAGCCAACCGCUAAACGCUGCGCUGGGGCCCAGUGCCCGUUAGGGGAUCACUUUCCAGCCUUUUUCUCCUCUGGGAAUCUGCACGACCGAGAGAUCUGAAGCCCCAGUUGGACAGUGUUCUUUUCCUUUGCAAGUUCCUUUCCAACCAGCAUGUGACUGCUACACCUUUCCUCUGCCUGGUUAUUGAAUCUAUUGGCACUAGCCUUUGGCAGCUGGACUGGCCACACCAGAAAACAUAGUGAACAGGUUUCAGAAAUGCUUGAGAAAACCAAGAGGAAUGAAUGGCAUCUUCUACCAUCUAAUGAAAAACCCAUGGAUACCUGUUUUGUAGUUUGCUCCCAUAGACUUAGGAGACACCUGGAAGAUCUGUCAUUAUUUCUUUGAAGCAAUAACAGAAUUGGGGCCAUAGCAGGCCGACUUCCAGCUUUUUGUUCUGAAAUGCACAUUUUGUGGAGGGAUGCCUCCCUUGCUGCCUUUUCACUUGGUUGUGGAGGUCUUUAAAACGUGAUACAUUAAAAAUGUUUUUUUUAAGAAAAA